GUUGCAGUGAAGCGUGUUUUCAGUCGUAUUGUCAAUACUGUCGUGACGUUUGGUUUGGUUUUGCUUUUUGUCACUCUUUUGGUCCUUUCAUUGGAUCUGUUUUGUGACAAAAUGGCGGCACUUCUGAAGAAGAGAGCGCUCGCAGAAUACGGACAGACGACUACUCAGGAGGAACCGAAGCAACGAAAGGUUCGGUUGAGUCGCAAAUCAAAGAGGGAUGCGUUGGAAGAGACGGGUCUUCGCAACAGUGGUGUCGAAGAGAUCAACCAAUUGCUCAAAUCGAGUUCAGAUGCCGUCAAUGUCUCUGAAUUAUUCAAUUUAUUCCAAAGAGGAAGCCGUGAGUCCAUGGAUGCCAACCAUUGCCAACAGAUCUAUAAGAAAUUGAUGAACAAAAUGAACAAAAGUCGGGAUCCGAUCGUUAAGAUGUCAUACAUUACUGCCAUCAAAGAGUUGAUCAUUAAUUUCGAUUCAGUUGUCGAUCUCUUUGGCAUCAAUUCAAUGAUUGACGACUUGUUGUCACUACUGAAGAGCGAGUGCUCGCAUAUAGUGAUCGCAGAAAUACUCAAUACUUUGCAUAAAUUGGACCAAAAGUUUGAAACCAAUUGUGAACACAAACUCAAUAUCUUGAAGACCGCAAAGCGUUUACUUCAGAAGAGUUGCAAUCAUGUGGUGAAGAAUGAAUGUCUCUCAUUGUUGGCUGACUUCGCGCCCAUUGGUCUCAAGACAAAUGACAGCACAUCCGACUUGAGUUACGUUCAGGUCGAGUGCAUUGCAAUCAUUAAACUGUUGCGUGAUUUCAGCCAUUAUCACGACUCCAGAGUUCGCUCCACAGCCUUAUCUUCUAUCUUACGACUUCAUCAAAGAGGUGUUAAAUUAGAUAUAAGUCUUUACAGCGAAUUCUGUGAAUCACUUAAUGAUGACUACGAAUGCGCCAGAAUUACAGCCAUUAAACUGCUUCUCGUGAUUAGCCAACACUACGGCGACUGGUAUUUAACUGAUCCUCAGAUCCUCUUAUUUUGUGUGAACGAUGGCGCAGAACAGAUUCGAUUAGCGGACGACGCGUUCGCCAAAGUGUGUUCAAUGAUGAGCGACCCCUCCAUGAAUGUCAGGGCAGAGUCGGCACUACUUCUGGGCCAAUUCACUCAUAUAAGUCCCAACUUCUUGGAACAGACUUUAGACAAGAAAUUGAUGUCAAAUUUAAGGAAAAAGAAAUCGGCGCACGAGAGGCACCGGGAGACGUAUGAGACGGGCGAGUGGUCUAGUGGUCAGAAGUGGGCGGACGACGCCCCUCAUGAGGAGUUGUGUCCGGACACCGUUAAUCUCAUGAAUAUCGGCGCCUGCGGUGCCUUCAUUCACGGACUUGAAGACGAAUUCUUCGAGGUGCGAAUGGCCACUCUUGAAUCCCUGAGCCAAUUGGCACAACUGUUCCCCACGUUUGCGACACAAGCCCUCGAUUUCUUAGUCGAUAUGUUUAACGAUGAAAUCGAAGACAUCAGACUUAAAGCUAUUCAAUGUUUAACACAAAUAAGUCUCGAGAAUAUAGUCCUAAGAGAGGAUCAAAUUGACAUAAUUUUACCCGUUUUGGAGGACUUCUCGAUCGACAUUCGCGAAGCACUUCAUGCUAUGCUCGGGAACUGUAAACUCUCGUCUAAGGCAGCGCUCAAGACAUGUAUUGACAAUCUUUUAGAAAACUUGAAACGCUAUCCACAAGACAAGAGUUCCAUUUGGAACUGCUUCAAAAAAUUGGGAUCAAAUCAUCCCUACCUUACACUACCACUGGUUCCAGAUUUGCUAGGAAUCCACCCUUUUCUCGAUUUGCCUGAAACUUCUCUUGAAGACACCGAUGUUGCGAUACUUAUAGUGGUGUUCAAUGCGGCCAAAGAGUGCACAACUAUGACAGACCUCUUUGAAGAGCAUAUUCUUAGGCAUUACUUCUAUCUGCGGGACACAUACCCCGCAUUGGUUCCACGUUUGAAGAUAUUAUCGACUGAUUGCGAUGUGUCUACCACUGACUCGUCUACAGUGAGCGCCGGUCAGUCCCGAUCCCAUUCAUUCCUUUUACGUAUCUUCGAAAGAGUUCGUAAUGUAAUGUCACUCGAGAGCGCCUCUAAUCAGAUCCAGUCAGCGGUUCUCAACCAUUCUAUUCGAGAUUUACAACAUUUGGGUGAAGUCGAGCCCUCUCUGCUGGCGGCCUCCAAAUUCCUGUGCGCUUACCUCCAGUGCCAGAUGUCCUUAAGACGAAUACUGUCGAACACCAAUUGGAUCAACACUUUUCUGUUGUCAGCCCUACAAUCGAGUUCAUUUCGGGCCUCAAUUCAACAGUUACUGAACACAACUUUCUCUUUGGUUAAUCGCUUCCAUGGCUUACAUCCCAUUCAAUUGGUUUGCAUUCAAGAGACUCGUCUCAAAGCAAUGGCUCUGCAAUUGAUUGCUAUAAUCCAUGGCAGCAAUGCGUCGGCACUUGCAUUGUGUGACGCUUUCAUCUCUGAAGCCGAAUAUUUGGAGAAAUUAUUGUUUGAAAACCAUUUAAACGCCGAUUCAUUAACUGUUAAAAUGAUAAAAGAAAUAAAUUUAUUAGAAGAGCCCAAACCGGGAACCGUCGCUCGAGACAUUAUGUUAAAUGAGAAGACAUUCUUUGAUUUGAUUCGUCUGCGUAUGACUUGUGCCACAAUCCAUGAGCCGACCGGUAAAUCGGACAGUCCUCACAAGUUUACGGCCGGAUUAAUACUGGGAUUACCUUUCGAUGCGGUCAUUGAAAAUGUAACCGACGUUAGGAAUAUCAGAAUUAAAAUUCAAUACCCGGACCAACAAAUACAAGUAGUUUUACCAAAAUUGACUGACUUUCGAUUGAUCGAGUCCUCAGAAAAGUCAAAUGUAUGCAAAUAUCGAUUGUAUACUACAGUCUAUUUAUCACAUGGAGUUUGGGUCGAGUCGUGUCCCGUUGAGAUCGGACUUAUGCUCGACUUCCGAGAUACCACUUCCACCACUUUGACCGCUACUCAGACAUGGAUUUCCUCCACAACUAAAGGAAGUGGUAUUAAAAGUACUAAAUCUGAAGACAGUCUCGUGAUUGAUAUCUGUAAACCAGUUCGUGUCUAUCUGUCCCCUAAAGCGCCCAAAAAACUUAUUAAAACCGAAAGCAUUUUGUGCCCCAAACUCAAUGCCGGUGUCGUAAUGGUGUUGCUCUUCGUCCCGGAACUGUUUGAUGGUUUCGAUGAGUUCUUUGUGUUCCUCUAA